CGUCACACACGUUAGAUUUGAGCAGUCCAAGAUGGCGGAGAUGAGAGGGUUGAGGAGCAGAAAUCACUUCGAGCCCAACUGCAAAAGCCGAGUCGUUGACGAAGGCUUGAGUGGUGUGGAAGAUGUCCCCAUUGUAUGGCAAACGAAGAGCCCUCCUUUAGCCCAGCCCGAAGACCUGGAGGAUGAUUUCCCCCCCAGGACCUCGGCCUCAAACUCGGGCAAAAAUACGCUCAUCAGCCCCUCACCAGACGAAGAGACUCAGGAAGAAGAGGCCGCGAUGGAGGAACAGAAGGCCAGGCCCAUCCAGAUCGUCGUGACCAACGAGGACGAGCACAGCUUCGAGCUGGACGCCCCCGCGCUGGAGAGGAUCCUCCUGCAGGACCACGUGAAGGACCUGAACGUGGUGGUGGUGUCCGUGGCCGGAGCUUUCCGGAAGGGCAAGUCCUUCCUGCUGGACUUCAUGCUGCGCUUCAUGUACAGUCAGGUGAGAGGU